AUGUGCGCAGCGACGGCCGACCUGGAGACAGCGUUGACGGGUUUGUUUUCAGAGGUGGGCAGCGUGCUUCACAUUCCCGAUGCCAGUCGGCGAGACGAGCCCCUGCUGGCCCUUAUACGGCGCUCCUCCAGCUCGCAGGGAAUCUCCCUCAGCGCCACGGACUUCAGCGGCCUCUUCAGGGCAGAGCUCGGGUUCGAGGCCUUGCAGAAGCUUCGCCAGGACUCAGGCAUGGCGGAGUUUGCCUGGCGAACGUUCCUGCAGCUUCUCUCCUCAGCCCUCAGUGGCCAGGAGGGCUGUGCGACGGUGGCCAGCAGCACUGCCAGUGGGAAGCGUUUGGAGCUCCGGUUCCGUCUCGAGAGCGCUGUGCUGGCGGCCCACCUUCACCUGGAGGCCAUUGCAUCGAUGCCCGCCGCUUCUACGGAGGGGCGAGACUUCUUACAGGGCCUUCGUGGUUUCGUCCUGGACGCCAUUGCCGCAGAGUCCUCUGAGGCAUCGAAGACGCCGACAUCAGCGGCCCGCCUCGCCGGCCCGAUGCCAAGCCUGACACAGGACCCACUUCUCACGAGAGCCGCCUCUGAGCCAGCACCAGCGACAGGGCCAAUGACAAUUUCGAGGCCACCCUCUGCUGGCCCUCCGAAGAAACGAGCAGCGGGCUCGCUGGUCGAUCCGCACAGGAAGACGAAGCGAGCUGGCGGCAAGCCGUUUCAGCUUUCAGCAGGCUGA